CUUCUCAGCGGAGACCAACUCGCCCGUCGACUGACACAAGUGUUUCAGGAUUCGCGCUUGCCCCCUGCGCAUCCAGCCUGCAUUAGCAAGACGCUAUCAAGUUGCUUAUAAGGCUCGUGGAGUGCUCUGCAGGUGACGCAGCCUCUGCAGCGACAUCCGAGUCGUACGGCCCCCUCCCCGGCAGUGACCCGCUAGUGGCCUAUUCCAGUUCAGAGCUACACAUAACACAGACAUCGACUUGGAAGUCAGCUUCUUCGCUUGCUGAGUCUGAGUUUCCGUGAAGUGGCUCUUCGGGCACUACCUGCGCUUUGAGCUGCUGUUUCUGCCACACGCAUGCUCUGCCUUAUUUAUUAACCGCUCAAUUGCUACAAAACAUCUGUGCGGCUGUUGAGUCGUCAGGAGCUCCAAAUCGAUUGCGGCACACUCGAUUUUGGUGACACCGGUUGGUGCGUCGCUUCAACCUUGCCCCGUGCGCUCGGGCGCCAACGCGCGACUACGUAUAACGCUUGAUGGCUUUAUUUCCAGCGACCGGCGCUUGGGCCGCAGCGCCUGAACUGGCGCAACCUGCUCGUCAACCGACGCAAUCGAGUGUUAGUGCCUGCGCGACCGGAAACGCCACCUGCUACCGGGCCACUGAGCAUGUCCAGCUCGUGACUAGUCCUGCUGGUGACGUUGCUGAUUACGAAUUGGAAUCUGCGGCCGUGACGACUACGGGUUCAUGGCGCCACCAUGACGACCGCUUCCCGCUGCGGCCACCAGGAUGUCACGGGGGGGAUAAACGGACUCGGUCCCCUGAGCUAACAGCGGCACUCACCAACCAGCGUCCUCGAUAUGCGUAUCUAGACUGCUGCACGGACACCUCGGCGUUACACGGCCAGCCGCCGUCCGUGCCGCAUGCCUCGCAGCAGUCCGGCCUUGUCCAGACGGGGUCAGGAUCGACGGUUUCGACAAGCCAACGCAGCUUCAACGCCCAGCCAUGGGCGCCUCUCGGCGCCAGUACGAGUCCUGUGGCCGCCGCGACGCCGCCGGCACUCGCGCUGCAGCUGUGCCCGCAGCCCGCCGUUUUCGCCCAGCUGGGGCCGGAGGAGUACCUGUUGUGCGCGGCGCGCUCCAUGCAGCUCGACCUGGAUUCCACGGCACGCCUCGCCCUUCAUAUCUGGCAGCGCUGCAGCGGCAUGGUGACCAUCCUGCAGUCCAUCCGCACCGUGGACCUCAAGCCCCGCGGCGGCCGCUGCACAGCCUGCCCUGGCGCGCCCUGCUGCCCCCAGCAGUCCGCUUGCCAUUGCGCCGCGUGCACCGGCGGCGCCUUGCCGCAGGCCGGCGCGGCCACAUCUAUCUAUGAUUCCAGCACGUCCCAGCUGCUGGUGCCGACGCGUCCUGCCCGCCUGUCCAUCAGCGGCAGCCCCAGCGAUGGCGGCAGCUUCUCAGGUGCGGCCUCGCUGCCGCGCGCCUGCGCCACGGCCUGCCUGUGGCUAGCUGUGAAGCUAGAGGAGGACCGCCGCACCGCGCCGCCGGUGCGCGUGCUGGCGGCUGUGUCGCGGACCAGCGCGUCUGAGCUAGCGAGUCUGGAGCUGCGUAUCCUGCAGUGGCUGGAGUGGGCGCCCUGCCGCGGCUACCUGCCGUGAUCAUAUCUGGUGAUUGGGGCUUGAGGGCAUGGGUGCGUCCCCUUAUUACAGCGUUAACGGCUAGACGAAGAAGUAGUGGGGACACGCCGUUUAUUGCGGCUUGCUAUGCCCAGGGAACGUAUGACGCGAGGAAGGCAACUUUAAAAAGGUGUGAGUGGGCCAGGUGUGAGCCUAGGCUGUAAGUGUAUCAUAGGGUCCAAGCUCGUAACCAUACUAGACAAUAAAUGGACAGAUAAGACGUUACACUCUUACACUCUGUAAGGAUGGCAUGUGACAUGGUUACUGGCUAGGUGUCGCAGCGAGUGCAGUGCUCGCCCAGGUACGCAUUGAACUGGCACUUGCGUACGGUGUGCAUGCAUACUCGCAAGCACUUCGUUAACGAAUUGCCGCCUACAUGUGAUUGCAGUUGGGCUGAGUCGGCCCUGGCGGCAGAUUCACAGAGUGUCAAGGAACAGAACACACACGAUACGGUAGUCAACAUCCCUGGUUAGCACCUGUUCUCAAUCUGCAAGAGGUGAAGUCACUACCGCAUGCAGCGUGGGGCGGAUCCCGGGGUCUGCGUCACGCUACUGUGCGCGCAUGCGUCUGUGGAUGCACGUCGGCGUGAUUGUGCAAGGGGAGACGCGUUUUGCAUGGCACCGAUGCUUUCUGCGUGGCAAUUUUGACACGGUACAAAUAAGGGCACAUGUUCCGUAAGCAAAGGCAGUUGUGUCCAUGCCCAACUGGCUUGUUUGCUUGGCUGCAGUAUUAUUUUAUGCCCUGUGCGGCAGCAGCUGCACUGCUGCAGGCAGCUGCGGUGGCUGCAAUGAACGAAACACACACGGAUGUGCUCGUACGUUACCUGUACGAGAUUGAGAGAUGACAUGUUUUUGUAACAUAAUCUUUCG